UUACAACAUCGGGUCUGUAAAGUUGGAGUGUCGUUGAUUUGGUGUUCGGCACUUUCCAGCGCGCUAUUAUGAAUUACCGGAUUUUGAGCGAUGUGAUUGGCAAUUCCCGAGUCCUAAUGGGCCAGAGCGAUCCACGGGGCAUUUAUGAGUCGUCCAACGCCAAACGCGGGGUGACGCCACUUCCGAAUCCAACCUGGAAGACAAGCACAACGUGCACGUCAGCGUCCAGCAUCUAUCAAACAGACACGGCAGAGCUUCUGUUGAUCAGCAUUAUAAACGUAGAUACUAGUUUGGGCAAAUCGUCCUGGAGCCGACGCCCUGGAUCCAUCAUCAACAAGCAAUCGCGUGUCAGACAAGGUGGCGGGUGUUUUAUGGACGAAGCCGGCAGCUCCAUCGCAGGAGACUGUUUCUCCUUCGGCGUCCCCAGCUCCAAGACCUCACACAUCUGUUCCAAUGACCCAACCAUCCUCGUUGCCACCGCUCACGCCGCAGUUUUGUUUCUCGACAACUGUCCUUCGAGAUUUUCUUCGGCUGUCGAGGGGCACCAUUGAUGACACAAUCACACAAAACCUCAAUGCCUUAGCAACACCAUCUAGAGCGGGGUUUGAUCCAACUUCCACCUCUCGCCUGGCGCGGCCAGCCACACGGCAGAUUGAUGCAAGCUCCUGCGAAGCCUUCAAGAACCAGGUUCUAUUUCCGUCGUGGCAGUCCCGCUCCGAUGUGUUGAGCUAUUGCACCUUGGUGGCCACGAGCCCUGAUCCCGAUGACCCUGAAGCCACUCUCAGGGAGACAGAAAAAGAGAAAAACAGGGAGCGUGUUGUGGACGAGAGGUUGGAUCCAUAUUCGUCACGUUUCUUCCCACGAGAGGCGCGAACCGAGCAGCUGGCGACAAUACUUCGGCAGGAAAUGGGCGUUGAAAACAUCGUCCGGGCAAGAAGCUGGGGAAUUGUUCGGGAAAGAUGCGGUGAUAUCGAAAACAGCUGGGAAGAUGCUCUUGCUCGCUGGCGAAAGCUCCAUACGGCGUCAUAG